AUAUUCAUUGUUGUUUGCCUGCCGUUUUUCUCCUUGUUGGCAAAAUUGAAAAUGUCACCCUGAGCAGAAACAAUUUUUAAUUGCCAUCGGCUUAACUUUCAGCAGGUGAAGACGGACUGCCAUGGUAAGAUGGACGAAGAAAAGAUAAAUUUGCUAAAUAAGUUCUUCGCAAAUAAAGAUCAAGUUGAGAAUGAUACAAUGGGAAUAGUGGAUAUUUUAAAUAAUAUAUCUUCAAAUUCCAGCUCCGAGUCCUCAGAAAGUUCGGAUGACUCUGUCCAAGAGGAGAUCAUCCCACAUAAAAAGCCACGAAAAAACCCCCUAAGAGAAAAUCUUUGUGAUAUAAUUGACAAAUACUCAGAUAGCGAAUUUGAAUAUCAUAUGCGAAUGCGACGUUCAACUGUUCAAUUUUUAAUUGAUAGAUAUACCACUAGUGUGGUACCCAGCACACACGCAGGAGGAAGAGCAAGACUUUCACCAAGAAAGAAAAUAUAUUUAUACAUUUGGUAUAUGAGCAAUGCGGUGAGCUUUCGAAAACUGAGUUACUUAUUUGAUGUUUCGAAUUCAAGCGCUUGGUAUGUGCUAAAUAGAGUAUCAGCUUGGAUAAUUUCCCUUGGUCAAGAAUUCAUAAAGUGGCCACAACGUUCUGAUGCAGAUAAUAUGGAAAGAAAAUUCGCUGAAAUGAACCAAAUCCCUGGAAUAAUUGGAGCCAUCGGCUGUACACACAUACAAAUAAAACGACCAUCGAAGAAUAGAGAAAAUUAUCUCAACCGAAAUGAAUGCUAUAGUAUUCUUCUACAAGCUGUAGUAGGUGCUGACAAAAGAUUUACAGAUGUAAGCUGCGGUGAACCGGGUUCACAACAUGAAAAUUUAGUACUACGUAGAUCCAAUCUUUUCAAAAAAGCCCAGUCAGAAAAUCAAAUUUUAUUUCCGCAUGACUACUUUUUGUUAGCUGGUCCUGCAUAUCCCUCAAAUAACUGGCUGGUGGCCCCAUUUACAGACGAUGAUAACUUGAUGGAAGCACAAAUAUUAUUUAACAAUUUGCAUUCAAAUGCCCGAAAAGUUGUUACAAGAGCUUUCGAUUUAUUGAAAAAUCGCUUCAGAAGAUUACAAAAAUUUACUGAAUCGAUGAGCUUGUGUUUUACCGUCAACAUUAUCGUUAGUGCUUGUGUUCUUCACAACAUAUGCAUAUCUUCAAAUGAUUUUGGUGCUGAAAACUCCUAUAAAGGUGACUUCAAAAAUGUUGACAACAUUAUUGAAAAUGAACCUAUAGAAGACAUCAAUUUUUAUCGACGGGACUUACUUUUAGAAUAUUUAAGAAAGCAUAAGGUAAUAAAGGUAGAGACGACCCCUUAGAAAAUACAUAUGUAUAUACAUAUACACCACAAGUAGUUUAAGACAGUAAAUUUAAGUCCUGAUAUCAAGUCGAUAUUAAUAAAAUUCAUGUUAGCAUGUUAAUUAUUUA